AUGAAGUCGCAGCUGGCGCCGGCCGAGCCGGCCAUGUCGGAGCAGGACUCCGAGCUGCUGCGCGAGUUGGCCGAGACGCUGGCGGUGCACAACAUCCAGCAGUACAACACGCUGCUCAAGACCAAGGAGGGCUUCGCGGACAGCCGCUGCUGGAAGGAGCUGCGCCGUAAGGACGGCGUACGCAUCUACCGCGAGCGCGCCAAGCACAACGGCAUCCCCACCACGCCCUCGCUGCUGCUGCUGGGCACGGUGGAGGGCACGCUGGACGACGUCAUGUACAGCGCCGUGGCUGCCACGGAGGAGGAAAUCCGCAUCAAGUCCAAGUGCAUCCAGGAUGGCAUCGUCGACUGCAAGGUGCUGCACGAGCUCGUGGCGCCCACGCUGGACGACCCGUUCCACCACGUGAGCGUCAAGUGGCGCCUCUACAACAACCAGCGCGACUACGUGUCGCUCGACACCUCUGGCAUCGCGCACACGGUCAAGCGUGAACGUAUCGGCUACAACAUCUCGCACUCCGUGGCCUUCGCGCAGAUCCCCGGCAUGCAGGAGACGCACGGCAUCGAGCGCGGCAACAUGUCCGUGUGCUCGCUGUACCUCCAGAAGACCCCGACGACGGUCGAGUGCUACGUGCGCGGCUUUUUCGACUUCAACACGCAGAACGAAAUGGUCAACACCAUGUCCCUGCAGGCCAUCGCGGCCCAGUGGGCCUGCUUUGCUCGGAAGCGCAAGUGCGCUCUCAUGAAGAAGCUCGUGUGGCGCAUGCGCAAGCGCUCGGGCUGCACGACGUCGCUGUCCCUUCCGGAUGAGCGACCAUGGGUCAUGCAGACGCCUCCGGCGCGUACUCGAUCUCGGUGUGCAGUGUGCUCUGGGAGCUUCGGCUUCCUCGGCACGAGUCACAAGACGUGCAAGUGCUGUUCACGCCAAGUGUGCACGCGGUGUUCUACCAAACAGCUCGUGUGCAUUAUGGCUCCAGACCACCGCACUGUGCUGGAGAAGAAACGGAGCUUCUGCUCGACGUGCCUCUCAGACGCAGCCAACUGCGACGCCCUGGAAGUGGCGCGAGAGGAGCUCGCGAGCUCGAAGGCAUAUCGCGAUGCUUGCGUAGCAAAGGCCCAGGAGAUGGCGCGGGCAUCCAUGCAAUGCGCGAACUUGAAGUAA